CCUCUCACCGGAUGGCAAGCUGCUGUUUGCUGCCAACAUGCCCGACCGGCCGGACGAGCCGAUCAUCGCCUUUGACGCGCUCUCCCUGCGCGUCCGCUCCGAGUUUGGCCGCUCGGCGUUUGGUCAGCAGGCGGGCGCAUACGCCUUUGGCCUCGCCGUGAUGCAUACCGAGUUGUUUGCUGGACACCAGGACGCGAACCGCAUACACGCCUUCACGCUCGAGGGCCAGCACACGCGCACGAUCCGCGGCGAGUGGAGCGCGCCGCAAGACCUGUGCUCGAUCAACGAGCGACUCUUCCUCGCUGCGACGGCUGCCACGGCAGCGGAGGCGGGGUCGAGCGAGGCAGGAGCUAUCUUCGAGAUUGGCGCGGACGGGCGCGUGCUGCAGACAUUUCAGCACCAGGCGAUGCUUGGAAUCGCGAUGGCCAAGUUUGGAGGGCUGCUCAUCGCCUCGCUAAGUCCGCCGCACGCCCGUCGGGGGGCACAGCAGCGACUGAUUGCUCUGCAGGGGGCGAGCUGAGGCCUGACUUUGUCUUUGAGGGACAGGACCGCCGGGGGGGCGGUGCAUCUGCCAUGAGUCGGAUUACUGUCGACGCUCUCCUGUACAAGAUCUCCUGCGUGCAUAUACGAGUGCAGUUUGUCGUUGUGGACCUCGGACCUGUGACGUGUGAGCGUGAGCUGACUGUGUGUUAAUCGUGUCGGAUUCGGCCGUAGCGGAUCCCUUUGUGGCAUAAGGCACAGCCUCGAGUGGCACAGGAGGGGAGAGUUCGAGAGAGCUUUUGUGCACACAC